AUGGCUUCGCUGUACCAGCGGUUCACCGGCAAGAUCAACACCUCGCGGUCCUUCCCCGCGCCCCCGGAGGCGAGCCACCUCCUGGGCGGCCAGGGGCCCGAGGAGGACGGCGGCGCCGCGGCGAAGCCCCCCGGCCCGCAGGCGCAGGCGGCGGCGCCCCGGGAGCGCGGCGGCGGCGGCGGCGCGGGCGGCCGGCCCCGGUUCCAGUACCAAGCGCGGAGCGACUGUGACGAGGAGGACGAGCUGGUGGGCAGUAACCCUCCACAAAGAAACUGGAAAGGAAUCGCAAUCGCACUGCUUGUGAUUCUGGUCAUCUGCUCCCUGAUUGUCACGUCGGUCAUCCUGCUGACCCCAGCGGAAGAUAACAGUCUGUCUCAAAAGAAGAAGGUCACCGUGGAAGAUCUCUUCAGUGAAGACUUCAAAAUCCACGAUCCCGAGGCGAAGUGGAUAAGUGAUAAAGAAUUCAUCUACAGAGAAAAGAAAGGAAAUGUGAUACUGCAGAACGUUGAAACAAAUAUUUCUACUGUGUUAAUAGAAGGCAAAAAAAUUGAAUCAUUAAGAGCCGUCAGAUAUGAAAUAUCUCCCGAUAAGGAGUAUGCACUUUUCUCAUAUAACGUGGGACCAAUUUAUCAACACUCCUAUACAGGAUACUAUGUCCUCAGCAAACUUCCUCACGGGGAUCCUCAAAGUCUGGACCCACCAGAAGUCAGCAAUGCAAAACUUCAGUAUGCAGGAUGGGGCCCAAAAGGCCAACAGCUGAUAUUUAUAUUUGAAAACAAUAUCUACUACUGCGCACACGUCGGGAAACAGGCCAUCCGAGUGGUCUCCACAGGGAAGGAGGGUGUCAUUUACAAUGGCCUCAGCGACUGGCUGUAUGAAGAGGAGAUCUUGAAGACCCACAUUGCACACUGGUGGUCUCCGGAUGGCACAAGGCUCGCCUACGCCACCAUCAAUGACUCCCGUGUCCCCCUGAUGGAGCUCCCCACCUACACCGGCUCUGUCUACCCCACAGUGAAGCCCUACCACUACCCCAAGGCCGGCUCUGAAAACCCCAGCAUUUCCCUACACGUUAUCGGCUUAAAUGGACCCACUCACGACCUGGAGAUGAUGCCGCCUGAUGACCCACGAAUGAGGGAGUAUUACAUCACCAUGGUGAAGUGGGCGACCAGCACCAAGGUCGCGGUGACCUGGCUGAACCGGGCACAGAAUGUGUCCAUCCUGACCCUCUGCGAUGCCACCACGGGGGUGUGCACAAAGAAACACGAGGAUGAAAGUGAAGCUUGGCUCCACAGACAGAAUGAAGAGCCGGUGUUCUCCAAGGAUGGCCGGAAGUUUUUCUUUGUGAGAGCCAUUCCCCAGGGAGGCCGAGGAAAAUUCUAUCACAUUACCGUGUCUUCUUCCCAGCCCAACAGCAGUAAUGACAACAUCCAGUCCAUCACUUCCGGGGACUGGGACGUGACCAAGAUCCUGUCCUAUGACGAGAAGCGGAAUAAGAUCUACUUCCUGAGCACGGAGGACCUGCCUCGGAGAAGACAGCUCUACAGCGCCAACACAGUGGGCAACUUCAACAGGCAGUGCCUCUCCUGCGACCUGGUAGAGAACUGCACCUACUUCAGUGCUUCCUUCAGCCACAGCUCUGAGUUCUUCCUGCUCAAGUGUGAAGGUCCUGGAGUUCCGACAGUGACGGUGCACAACACAACAGACAAGAAAAAAAUUUUUGACCUAGAAACAAAUGAACAUGUACAGAAGGCCAUAAGUGACCGACAGAUGCCUAAAAUAGAAUACCGGAAAAUCGAGGUUGAUGAUUAUAGUUUGCCAAUGCAGAUCCUCAAGCCAGCAACCUUCACAGACACUGCCCACUACCCUUUGCUCCUGGUAGUGGAUGGGACCCCAGGGAGCCAGAGUGUGGCAGAGAAGUUUGAGGUGACCUGGGAGACGGUAAUGGUGAGCAGCCAUGGGGCCGUGGUGGUCAAGUGCGAUGGCCGAGGCAGCGGCUUCCAAGGGACCAAGCUCCUGCACGAAGUGAGGCGGCGGCUGGGCUCUUUGGAGGAGAAGGACCAAAUGGAAGCCGUGAGGACGAUGCUGAAAGAGCAGUACAUUGAUAAAACACGUGUUGCUGUGUUUGGGAAGGAUUAUGGAGGGUACCUGAGCACUUACAUCCUCCCAGCAAAGAGUGAAAAUCAAGGUCAGACUUUCACCUGUGGCUCUGCAGUCUCUCCAAUAACAGACUUCAAACUCUACGCCUCUGCAUUUUCCGAGCGGUACUUGGGCCUCCACGGACUUGACAACAGAGCGUAUGAGAUGACCAAGGUGGCUCAUCGAGUGUCCACGCUGGAGGGACAGCAGUUUCUGCUCAUUCAUGCCACUGCUGAUGAAAAAAUUCAUUUCCAGCACACAGCAGAACUCAUUACACAACUAAUUAAGGGAAAGGCUAAUUACAGCUUACAGAUAUACCCAGACGAAAGCCAUUACUUUAAUAGCGCCUUCCUCAAGCAGCAUCUAUACCGGUCCAUCAUCAACUUCUUUGUGGAAUGCUUCAGGAUUCAGGACAAGCUACCCACAGUCACAACAAAAGAAGAUGAAGAGGAGGACUAG